AUGCUGAAUGAUGCAAGCGUCAAUAUCAAUCGUGCCUAUUUUAAAAGACUAACUCCGCAAAUCCUCCGUGAUAAGCCGCUAGUAGGACACACAUCAUCAUCUUCAGAAAUAAUAACCAUCUCAGUCAACAACUGCGGCACUCGUUUAGUCACAUCACGUACGGAUAAAUCAUUGCGCAUAUGGAAAUGUCAAUCUGAUCGAAUUGUUGAUCCAAUAAUCAUUGAAGAUGCUCAUUCAAAAGCAGUGGAAAGCAUCUCUUGGGAUCCCAAUACCGAAUCUACAUUUGCAACUGUGGGGAGAGACGAAUACAUCAAGAUAUGGCGGGGUUCAACAGGAACUUUGGACAAUGUCGUCAAGACUCAUUUGAAAAAUUUGAAAUUGAUACGAUAUUCAACUGAUGGAGAAUUGGUGAUUGUUGUUGAUCGAGAAUCGAAUGUGUUGUGUUUUGCCGUUAAUCAAAGUUAUAAAUUGGUUAAUGAGUUUAAAGUACCUGAAUAUGUAUAUGAUUUACAGUGGUUUAAUUAUGAACACGAGUUUUUCAUAAUGGCAUUACAUGAUGGAUCGUUGCCCGUAUAUAAAGUGAGUGAUGCAUCCGAAAGCAGAGAUGGAGCUGAUGGAGUUGACAUUACGUCAAAAACAAUAUUAACCGGUCAUCGGUCAUCAGCCACAUCAAUAGCAAUCUCACCCCGAGGUCGUUACUUUACCGUGGGGGCUAGCGAAGGAGUCAUUAGUAAAUGGAGCACCGAGUCGAUGGUAAAUUGUGGAGUCAUCACCAAUAUAGAUGAAGUGAUAUCAGCAUUGGAUAUAAAUGGUGAUGGUACAUAUGUUGCUGUAUCGUUUGAUAAAGAUUCAAAUUCGAUAAUUUACGACUUGGAGACAACUGAACAAAUAUUUGAAGUUCCCAAUAGUGCCAGUGGUAAUAUGACAUUUAGUUCAAUUUGUUGGUUUCCUAAUAAAUCGGCAUUUGUAUACAGUUCUGAUUUCGGUACUACUUUGACUUGGAUGAGGAAAGGCGAUCGAGAUAAAGGCGAUAGAGGCGAUAGGGGAGAUAAAGGCGAUAGAGGCAAUAGGGGAGACAGAAGUGAUAGAGGUAAUAGAGGUGAUAGAGUGGAGAGAAGUGAAAGGGGAGGCGGAUUGAGUGGUCCAAGAAGGAAAUAA